AUGUCCACCCCGUCACCAGAGACGCUGAAGACAUGGACGUCAUGCCGGUUCGUGCAGAUGGGCUGGUUCUCCGCGCAUGAGGCGGUUACCUACGUUGAUCUGUUCUUCAAGAACUGCUCGCCGUUGUCGCCGAUACUGGGAGAAUUUUACUCUCAUCAUGAGAAUCACUACACGCUCAUUGCGUUGGAUCCAUUCUUGUGCACUACCAUACUCAUGAUUUCAUCUAGGCUUUGGGAGCAAUGCCAGCGCUUCAUCAUGAAGAUUAUGCUCGGACAAGUCAAGCCGUCGAAAGCACAGAGUCGGACCAUCGGAUCUAUAGAGGCUCUUCUCUUGCUAUCCGAAUGGCAUCCUCGCGCGCUGCAUUUCCCCACUGCUGCUGAUGGCUGGGAUUGCGAGCUCAUGAUCGGCGCGAACAACACCACAGAGGAAGGCGCGAAGCUGUUGGAAGGGGAUGUAACAUCCAACCGAUGGCUUGAAGAUGUCAUUGAGCCUGCGAAACGUUCUGAUCGCAUGUCAUGGAUGUUGAUGGGCUGCGCGCUGUCACUGGCACAAGAACUGGGUCUCUUCGAAGACAACGCUAGAAUCGACAAGGACCAAGUCUCUUACCCAAAGUUUACGACGGAGUAUCUCAUCUUACGGAGGAUUCGGGCUCGGAAGCUACUAUACGUUUUGCUCGAACAGCUGUCAUGGAGGCUGGGUUGCACAUCAAUGAUCCCGCAGAGUCUUAAUCAUGCUCUGAUGGAGAAGAUACCAGUCGACUCCGCAACCGGUGCAGUCGAGCAGUGGCAGUCCUUCAUGAGCGCCUGGGUCGAACUCACCAAGCUCGCUCGCUCAAUCUCAGACACCAUCUACCCAAACACCGCCACGACACGAAGUUUACUACGCACCGGUCGCUACAUCGGGCUGCUCGAACACUUCCAGCCACUGCUCGUAUCAUGGCGGAAGAAGUAUCUCGAUCCUUGCAAACUCAAAGUCGGCCUCCACGACAUGCUCCACAUCGAAUACCAAUACGUCCGCAUAUACACUAAUUCCCUCGGUAUGCAAGCCGUCGUCGAACGUACACUCGCAGAAACGGAUCCCGAUGUGCCACAGGAAGACAAUCUCCCCUUCAAUCUGGAGCCGCGAGAUUACGACUUCAUCCAAGAAGUCGUCGACGGAAGUUGUCAGAUCUUGCAAAAGGAUCUUCUUGCGGAUAACAACUAG